AUGUAUGGCUAUGGCAAGAGAUUGGUUCCAGCUACAUCUACCACAAGUACUACAUCUACCACAAGCACUACUACUACAAGUAGUACAUCUACUACACAUCAAAACAAGACCAUCAGCAAAUCCAAUUUGCCACAAACAAAAGCACUGCUAUCCCUUUCAACACAAGAACAAAAUGAACAAAAAGAACAAGCAAAUGAACAAAAAGAACAAGCAAAUGAUAAAAAAGAAGAAAAUACUGGUGAAAAUGCUGGUGAAAAUGGAAAUGGGCCAAAUUUGAAGCAAAAUUGGAGACCCAGCCAGGAGUGGGUUGAAAGUUGCAUCAGCAAUGUGACGGAGGAUGAAUCCAUCAUGGUGCCCUUCAAAUCUCUCACCAAACGAUAUGUACUGGGAGAUUGUGUCAAAAUGUGCUCUCGUUGUCACUUGAGUACCAGAGGAAAGGCGGCCAAACAUCAACCACGCAAAAUUGGAAAUCUAUACGAAGACAAGGCUUGUCCACAGGAAAACAAACACUACAGAACAGGAGGAAAUAUUGACAUUUUACUACAGGUUAUUCAAGAAUUCCAACAAAACACACAAGGACUGAAAAAACCAGAUCCAAAUGCGGUCGUCAUUCAUCUACGAUUGGGAGAUGUCAUUGAAGCGGCUGCUGAUUCGGUGCAAAAAAUGCUUUUUGAAGGCGGAGAUCCCUCGCACCCGGGACCUUUCAAAAACUCGAUCAAACCAAUACAAGAAUAUCUUGACAAUUUUCAGGAAGCUUCAGCCUCGGACGAAAACAAAAUACAACAAGUCAUUAUCGUGGGAGGAGGCUUUGGAGAAAAACACGAGUACAAAAAAUCAAGGCAGUACUCGGCAUGUCUACAGCGAGGAUUCCAACAAGCCGGAUACCCAGUGCAAAUGAAGGUAGACUCUCCCAAUGUCGAUGCCGACUUUUACUAUAUGAUUCACGCACACAGAUUCAUUCCAACCGUUGGAGGAUUCUCACAGUUGAUUGGCAAACUCGUCGACCGGUUGGGAGGAAAGGUCGUCGGACGAACCUUUGAAAGUCUCGCCGAUGUUGCCGCGUGGGAAAGCAAAUACGAACGAGGACACAAAAUGACCAUCAAUAGAGCCAUUGCCACACCAGAGGAGAUCGCCAAGGCCGUAAGCUUGGAGUCGGGGAAAUAA